GCGCAAACUACUUGCCACUUUCAUUGAACUCAAAUUUUUCCUCACCGCUCUAUAGGAAUAGUUUAUAACCUAUAAAUUCAUUUGUAUAAUAUAUCAAACGAAUGAACUGUAACAAAAAAAAAUAUUGACCUCAUGGGUUUUAUACGACUAUUAUUUCACAAUAACAAAAAUGUCAUACGUCAUAUAAUUCGUAAAAAAACGAAUCAUGCUUUUAGGGAAGAAACUAAAAUUAAUAAUUUGGAGAUUAGAAGUGGUAAAAGUGAAGUUUUUGUAAAUAAAGAGACCAUAGCAGCUUUGGAAAGAGUUUCUCUCGUGGAUUUUAAUAACGAAGGAGGUAUUGAAAGUUUAGAGUCGGCAAUUGAUUUUGUCAAAAGUUUAAAAGAAUUGAAAAUUGAUUCAUCCGUUGAGCCAAUGUACAGUGUUCUUGAAAAUGAAAGUCUAUAUUUAAGAGAAGACAUUAAUUCAAAUACUAUUCCACGUGAGAAAGUCUUAGCACAUGCACAGCUUUUGGAUGAAGAAUACUUUGUAGCACCACCGGGUAAUGUACCACGAAAAACAUGA